AGGAGAGUAGGGGAGUGAACGAUUUAUCUACCGACUGUGGCAGGCUCGCUUAUCGUAUUCGCAGCACAGUAUCUGCCCGCGCAGGACAUUUGGCGCGCCUGGGUUCGAGUUGAGUGUGCGCGAUCAGAUCGGUUCGCUUAGUGACUAUCGCGCAAACACCUCCUCAGUGCUCUUGAAGUAACGCGCGGCCGUUAACAUUCCAAUUCCGUUGUGAUUCAAAAUGUAGCACCAUGAAGCUGCAGCAGUGCGUCAUUGAUUUCGCUAUCAUCCUGAUAACGAUCCCGUCGCUCGUCGUCGUGGCACUGCUACUGGACUACAUGAUGAACCGAACUGGGUGGGCGGAGCAGCUGGAGGCGCAGCUCAUCAUGGCCGCGCUGGCGGUGGCCUUCUUCCUGAUCUGCAUCAUGAUCUCCGUCUACCUGACGCACCGGGUCGGCAACUGUCUCUGGGCCGGGCCGCAGCCGGACCAGCCGUCGAUCUACUCGAUCGAGCGCGGGCACGAUGCCACCGUGCCACCACCGUCGUACGAGUCGGUGAUGGGCGGCGACCAUGCCCCCCCAUCGUACGAGAAGAUCAGCAAGAUCUUUCCACCGCCACAGGAACCGCCGCCCCCGUACGCCGUCGCGCUCGGUCGUGACGUAGCGGCCCACAUCUGAUCUACGUGCCAUUGCGUGCGCCGUGCCGAGAGAGCCUCGGGAGCGGCAAACGCUCCCGUGCUUCUUGGCACCGUUCGCCCAUCUUUGUUGUUGUUGUUGUUGUGCUGUAAAGACUGGUUGUGCGCUGUGCCCGCGUCGUUAGUUUCGGGAUGAUUGCGAAAUAAUAAAAAAAGAAAGAAACCAUGCGCUACUGCUCAAA